CAAAUAAGCUUUAGAGAGUUUAUCAGCUGUAGCUAGUAGUGAUGAAACAGAGAAGCAGCAGUAGUACUGCAUCAAAAACAAAACCUUUGAUGCUAAGGAACUUGUUUGGCCCCUCCAUCCUCUAACUCCUUCAUGUCAUGAUCAUUCAAACCCUAAUGAAAUUAAAAAAAAAAACAAAAAGAAAUGGGAGAGAAUGAAAGAUAAAUAAAUAAAAACCCUUUGCUGCUUUAUUUCUCCAUCACCACCUUCUUUUCUUUCUCUUCUCUUCUGCAAUUCUAUCUCUCUAGUCUCUACUACUACUUGUGUUGAACAUUCUCUACAUAAAAAAAGAAAAGAACAAACCCCAUUAAAAACUUUAUACAAAAGAGAAAGAAAGAAAGAAAGAUCAUCACAACAAAUUAGAGCCAUGGUUUUCACAUCUAUUCCAGUCUAUUUGGAUCCACCCAACUGGCAACAACAGAUACCAAAUAAUAAUCAACAAGGAAUUGGUAUUGAUCAGCAGCAGCAGCAGCAGCUUCAGCAACAACAACAGCAGCAUCAUAGUCAAAAUCAUUCGCAACUUAUUCAACCUCCAUUACAAUUACAAACUGCGGCUCCGGUGGGUGGUACUGGUGGUGUCGGUGCAAGCUCGAUUAGGCCUGGCUCAAUGGCCGAUCGAGCUAGACAAGCUAAGCUUCCACAACCAGAGCAACAACUAAAAUGCCCACGGUGUGAUUCGAGUAAUACAAAGUUUUGUUACUUCAAUAAUUAUAGCCUAACUCAACCUCGUCACUUCUGUAAGACAUGUCGACGGUAUUGGACUAGAGGUGGAGCGUUGAGAAAUGUUCCGGUUGGUGGAGGCUGUAGGAGAAAUAAGAGAAGCAAAAGUACCAGUUCGAAAUCACCGGGAAAUAGUGAACAACGUCAAAGCCAUAGUUCUACUACAAGUAGUUCCAUCCCAUCAAAUAGUACUAAUUUGAAUACUAACGAUAACAAUCUUUUCAGUCAUCAUAUGAUGAGUACUACUCCUCAAUCUCAACCGCGGCCCCAAAUACCCUUCAUGAGCUCUUUACACCAUUUUACGGAUCAUUAUGGUAGUGCACCUGGUUUGGGUUUGAAUUUUAGUGGGAUUCAGACACCGUCCUCGGGCCAACAUGGUGGCGCCAUGGGUACCAUUAUGGAUUUUCAGAUGGGAAAUAGUUCAAGUGGUGGUAGUGCUAACAUUUUAUCGAGUACGGGAGGUAUUGAGCAAUGGAGACUUCAGCAAAUGCAGCAAUUUCCUUUCUUAGGUGGUUUGGAACCACCACAGUCGGGCAUGUAUCCAUACCAAGGUGUUGUCGAAAAUAUGAGUCAAAUUAUGAGAACUGGUAGACCAACCGGUUCCCUUGCUAGUUCAGUGAAAAUGGAAGAAAAUCAAGCAGCAGGGUUGAAUUUAUCAAGACAAUUUAUGGGUGAUACAACGAAUGCUAAUAGCAAUAGCAAUAGUCAAGGAAAUGACAACCAAUAUAAUUGGGGAAGUGGUGGUGGUGGUGGCGCUGGAACUGCUGCAUGGACAGAUCUUUCUGGUUUCACUUCAUCUUCCACAACUCAUCUCGUGUAGUUUUUAGACACUUCUUGUUUAGUCGACUUAACCAAGAACUCAACUAUAUAUCUACCUACUUGGAAUCAAUUAACCUUCAAGAAGAUUCAAUGGCGCCAUAUGGGAUACAUAUCAAUCGGUUUUAUACAAGUGAUCAAGUGAAUUACUACUUCUAGAGGUAAUGGUAUAGGCUUCUUUGUUUUCAUCAAUUUGCUGCUUUUUUUUUAUCAAUUUUUUUUUUCCGGGUGUAUUCUAUGAACGUGUUUACAAAAAUGGGGGUGUAUGAUUAGUUAAAACAAAGUACGUAGUUGUUAGAAAUGAAUCGAUCAUCCAAAGAAGUGUAUUAAUGCUAAUGAUUAUGCAUCUCAUGAGGGAGUUCAUCGUUCAACGGUUCAAGUUAAAGUAAUUAACUGCAUUCCAUUUGU